ACACAACGUGGUCGUAUACCAGUUGUAAUAUUGGAUGAUUUAGAAACAAAACGAUUAAAAAAGCAAUUAAAUGAAGCAACACUUAGUGGUUCGGUGAUACGAAUUGCAUUUGAAUAUGUUGAUUUUGAACCUCAAUAUACUUUACGAUUACAGGUGAUUAUCUUAUCACUUUGUGGAUACGGUAAUUAA